GUCUCAUUCAAAUAAAAACACUUUUUGCUGGAGUUUGUUUUUUUUUUAGAAAUCAAGUGAACUCGUGUUCACGUUGUCAUGAAACUCAAAAUAUAAAAGUUUUGUUUCUUUCAACCAUUUACCACCAUUUUUAUAAUAAUGGGUGUUGGAGGUGAAGGGACUAUUAAGAAAACCAAAAAAUCAAGAGCAGGAGGGGAUGCUUCAUCCAAAAAAAGCAAAGGUUCGAAAAGAGCAAAAAGUAGGAGUAAAAGUAGUAAAACAAGACCAACAUCGAGAACAAAAAAGGCCUCAAUAACGUCCAUGGUAGCCUCAGGUUCGUCUGGUGAAGCUCAAAUGACAGAUGAGGAAAUUUUUGAUAGAGGAGAGUCAACAGCUGAAUCGGAUGCGUGUACGCAAGUCAAACCACAAAAGACCAAUCAAACGUGCAUCACCCUGUGGUCUGAACCAACCACAUACUGCGUUGGUCUACUUGAUAAGGCCACCGUCACCCUUCCGCCAUGUGGAGAUGCGAGAUGCAGAAAUGUGUGCUCCAAAUUACAGAAGGAAGCUACGUGUAAUGAAAUAGAAGACCGAGAAGUUCAAGCAAGAUUGUGUAUCGAGAGACUGUCUAAUGAAAGAGAUUACUAUAGGGCAGAAUUCGAAAGACUACUCAAGUUUUUCGAGAAUAUUGGGGCAAGUCAAGAAGACGAGGAAGGAAAUGCUUUAAGCUGCAUAGCCUGUCAGAAAAAAGAGCAAAUGAUCGAGUAUCUUCAAAGAGAAAAUGAAGUUCUAGCAAAAGACAAAUUCUGCCUUAUGUCACGUUUAGAGGAAGGUGGGCCGAGAUUCGAUUCGGAAUCUCCUACGGGAAAGUGCUGUAAGGCUUCGUGCAAAAGGACGGAGAGAGAAAGAGAUUUGUUGAGGUUAGAUAUUCAAAGACUAGAGGCAGAAACAGACUGUCUGAGGGAGAAAAUCAAGACUAUAAGUGAAAGUAAAAACAGAGACUACGCUAAAUUUCAAGAACAAAGAGUUGAAUAUGAAAAUGUCAUAAAUAAAUUGGAAGGGGAAAGAAGAGAACUAAUGAAAGCUCAAGGCAUUCGUAGAGUCACUAUUAAUUCACUAGAAGAGAAAGUAGGCAUGUACACUAAUUUAUUGAAUGCUGCACAAGGGGAAGUACAAAGAAUCCAGACGCAGUAUUGUCAAUUAAAGAAACUUCACGAACAAUGUGAUAAUGCUCUUUUGGAUACACAAGCUCAGCUUAUGGAAGUAGAAGCAGAACUUAUGAAUUGCCAAAACACGUCAAAAUAUCAGAAGAGAAACAGCAGAGAUUCGCAACUGUCGGCGCCUAAAUGCCCUUGUAUGACCACCGAUGGUACCACUGAACCAGGAAGGAGAGUUUCAUAUGCUUCAGAAGAUAUUAUGAAUACCUUGAAGCAGUUGAAUCACGAUAAGGAUAACCUUUUGAAUCAAUUAGACACAAAGACUGAACUGCUAUUCCAAUGUCAAGAAGAAACAAAAAAUAAGGACGAAAUAAUUUCCACAUUAGAAGAAGAAAUGAGAAAACUCAAGGAUGAUAUGAAGAACUUAGAAGGUCGAGUGAUCGAUCUUAAAGAUCAAUGCGAUAAAUCAGCAAUGAUUAUAGAAAAUAAAGAAACAGAAAUUAAAAAUUUACAAACGGAUAAUGAACAAAAACUACAGGAUGUAAAAAAAUGUCAGACCAUUCUUGAGGAGAAGGAAGCACAGAGCAAGUCAUUACAAGCUGAAGUUGAGCAGUUGAAUAAGGAGACCUAUGCUCUUGCAACAUCUAACCAUCAGCUUCAGACAGAUUCUAACCACACUAGGGUGCAAGUAUCUGUAGUGAUGGAAACUGUCAAUGAAUUAGAAAACAAGUCGAAGCAAUUGGAAGAUCUUGUAGUAGAAUAUGAACGCCAGAUUCGUUUGUUGAAAAAUGAUUUGGAGGAUUGCCGAACACAAGUGAACAGAAAGGAGAUAGAAAUAAACAAUCUUCUCAAGAGCAAGAAUAACCUCCAAGAUAUAAAUCAGCAGUUAGAAAUGGAUAAUAGAGCACGCGACAAAAAAAUUUCUGACUUGAAAUGCGAAUGUAGAAAACUCGAAACUGAUUUAAAUGGGAUGAGUUCUAAAGGAAAAGUUUUAUCUGAAUUAAGCUCGGAAAUGGAUAAAAUGAGGGCCGAAAGAGAUUUCUUCGAACAGGAAAAUUCUAGGCUCAGGAAAAGAGUGAAUAAACUAGAGAAUAAAUUGUUUCAGUGCAUUUGUACAAUAUGCGACAAUGUUCAUGACAAAUGCUCAAUGGUAAACUAUCUGUUCAAAGAUCAUGAAGAUAUGACCUGCAGAUGUAGAACAAGGUUAUGUGAAACCAGAGAUAUAGGCAUACAAACGUUCGGUGAAGCCAUUAGAAAUGUUAAUACUUCCCCCAACUCCAUUAGGCAAGUAAUGGCUGCGGUACCUCUGAGGGAUGACCAAUCGAGUAGAGUUAUCACAAGUUUGAGUAAUCUUCCGGGAACAACUGAUAGGAGCUGUCUUUGUAAAAAAGACACCAUAAUAUCAUCCAUGUAUAAGCAUGUGGAACAGAUGACACCUUUCACAUACAAGCUUUCCAAUGAGUCCGACAAUCAACAUGAUAGAACGUCUCCCCUGAAAGUAAUUGUAGAAGAAAGCAGAACAGAAAUCUUCGAAGAUGACGAGAAAAUAGAGAAAAUUCACGAUGCCAAACAAUCUUCUCAAAGUUUCUGUCCAGACGUAGAGGAAAGAGGAAAAUAUAUAAUCGAUAAUGUGACAUCAGUAUGUAAAAUCGUUCAAGUGGAUACGGAGGAAAGAAUUAUCAGAAGAAAGACAUUGGAUGAUAAAACAGAAACACCAAAAACUUCAUCCAGGACAUCAUUUGGUUAAUCAAAGAAUUUUUGAUUCUAUCUAUUGUGAAAUUUGGAAUGUUUAUGCAAAUUGUUUAAAUGUUUAGUUUAGUAUAUCAGUAAGAUACAGAAUGUGGUUAUUGAA